CAAAAAGCCCGAGGGCGAUGCUGCUGCGGCUAAGAGAAAGCCGUCGGCAAAGGAGCCCCCCCAAGCCCCUAAAAAGUUAAAGAAGGGGGAUGCCGCGAAGGAUGACCCCCCGGUGGUGAUUGUAGAUGACCCUCCGAUGAUGCCGACGGCGCAGGUGCCGGGGGUGGUCCGGGAGCCAUCUCUCGAGGUCCUCACGCUCUCCCUUCCGGCUGGUACGGCCGUGUUGAAUGGCACGGCCGACCCGUGGGCGCUCCUGAAGGGUAUAACCCUCGAUAUUGACAGGGCAGCUCUCGGGGCUGAUGAUGAUCAAGCCCUUGAAGACAGGAUCCUCCGGUCUUCUCUCACGACUUGUGUUGCCCUCGGGGAGCAGUUCCGACGGCUGGAGGAAUGGCGCCUCCUCAAAGCUAAGCAAGAAACCAAGAUGAAGGAGCUGAUCCUUAGGGACUCCCAGGCCACGAAGCUGAUGGCCCAGCUUGAGGAGGACCUCCGGCUGGCGAGGGCGGAGUCCGAGAGGCUCAGGGGGGAGAAGGGAGAAGCUGAGGCGGCCGCUGCGGAGGCCGCGAGGAGAGCAGCCUAGGAGGCCGAGGCCAUCAAGGCGAAAGCUGUUGCCACAGCCCGGGAGGAGGCCAUCUCCGGGUUCCUGGACGGGGGGUGGAAGACCAAAGGGCACAAGGCAUGGUUGUCUGCGGUUGUCGAGGCCUCAGUUGAUGAAUGGUCCGAG